CCAUCAUACAGUGGGCUCACAAAGGUCAGAAAGGAAAAACAAAACAAUCAUGCAGGAUGUACUAUUUAAUUCGAGGAUUGGGAUCGCAAAUGGGAAUACAUUUACCCGAGUAAGGAUUUUCCUAACUGCAAAUAGAAAAAUACAUCAGAUGUACUGUAAGUUGCAGAAGAAAAAUAUGAAGUUUUGAAAACAGCGUCAAAACAAUGGAAACCCAAAAUUAACGACAUCAGAGAGGUGAAAAGAUCUUGACAUUUUUUUAAAAUUUCCUCCUGUCGAUACUACUUUGCUUAACAAUUGGACACAUUGAGGCUGUGUUAUUCAAGUUUCAUUUGAGGGACAAAUAAUUAUUAUGGAACCAAAACAAGAGGAACAUGAUUUGCCAGUACCAGGGGAGCUGUCUUUGUUCAGUGGUAUGACUUUGAUGGGGACUUUUAGUGAUACGCCAGACAAUGCUGGUGUAGGCAAGAAUGCACAGGAAUCAGAGGGAGUGUCUGGAUCAUUAUCUACUGAAUUUCAGGAAGUGUUUGCAGGUCUAACAGUGCUUCAAACCAAGACAGGAUCAUCAACUGAAGACAGCACAUUUCCACCAAGAACUCUUGAAAAAACUCCCACAAGUACCAAUGAUGCAAAGCCUCACCUUGCUCAGGAUUCAGAAACUUUAUCAACUGCUGUACAUAGUUGUACCACACGCAAGAAGAAGCGAAGCCAAGCAAAGCGACCAGGUUAUGCUAGAGAAGCUGAUUCACAAAAUGUGCCUUCCAUAACAACAAGUAAUCAGAAAGAAUCAUUGACUGAGCCAUCAACUAGAGAAAAUACUGAAGAGGAUAAUAGCAGUAGUAGACUCUAUUCUAUUGGAACACCAUCUUCAUCAGAAGAUGAACUUGUGAAGCCUGAUGAGCAAGAUAUACCCUAUCAAGGUCCUGAAGAUGUUGAAGCUGAUAAUAAGCAAUUUGACAAAUCUAUUAUCUCAAAAACCAAUGAAGAAGGUACAUUGGACAUUGGUGCUUGCCCUGAGCUAACUGCAAAUCUUGAGAAUAAUGUCAUUAAAAAGGGUGAAAUAAUUGGUGAUGCAUCAAAAGAAGGAACUUUUGUAGAAAAUAAAGAUGCCACAUCUGAUGUCAGUUGCAAUGAUGAUAGUGACGAUCUUCAUCAUGUUGAUGAAACAAAUAAUGAGGACAACAUUCAUGGUUAUGAUAACAGGCACAAUACUAGUUUUGUUUAUUAUGAUGAACCCUCGGAUGAAGAUGUCACAGAAUCACUAAGAGUGGAAGACCAUGAGAAGUACUCUAAAAAGUCUCUAGCCUCUUAUGAAAUAGAUCUUAGUCCUGAUGAACUGUUUGCCAUCCAUGAAGAAGGUGUGCAACAUAAAAUCUCUUCUAUAAGGGAGAAGAUGACUGCGAUAGAAGACAUGGAGAGCCAGCUAGUCACCCUUUACUCCAACUCAGAGUGUGUGCUAGACAAGUACCGAAAGGAGCUGCAGGAUCUUCACAACAAAGAGAUAGAUGCACUAGCUAAUGACAACUAUGACCUGGCUGAAGAGAUUAGUUCCAAGAUUGAAGGGCUGGAAAGCCUCAUAGAGUCCACCAAAUACCAGCUACCAUUUACUGAUGACAAGGUCCAAGAUGCACUUUCGCUGCGCCGCGAAGUGACCUCACAUGCCAUCUCUGUCCACCAAGAUGUGCUAGAGAGCAUGCACACGCUACACGAUGAGCAAGCAAAGAUCUUAUCAGUAAGGAGGCACGACAGCAGCACCAAGCUACUACAAGAAAAACAGCGAUUAAAUUCAGAGAGAAAUAGAAUCCAGCGCGCUUUAGGCCACGUGGAACUAGAUAAGGGUCACCUCUCCACAGAACAGCAACAGAUUCGCGAUGAUAUUCGGCAAAGGACGGAAGGCUUUACAGCCAGACGUGACGAGCUGGUGCAGCAGAGGGAUGACGUUAAGGAACAAAUCGCAGAGCUAGAGCGUCAACUAGACGUUUUGCGGUCUCAAAAGAUGCGAUUCACGCAGGAGAUUAAAGAGGAGGAAGAAAGGAUCGAGACGAUUGUCGCGGAGUUUUCCCCUCAGCUAACCCUUCUUCAGGACCAGCAGUGCCAUUUAGAGAUACAGCAAAUACAGCUAGAGACCGACAAAGAAUCACUGGCGAGGGAAGAAGAAAGCUUUGAUGUAUCCAGUAAAGAAUGGCAAAGGGAAAAUCAACGAUUCGAAGACCUGUUAAGUGACGUCAAAGGCAGCAUAACGAAAACAAAGCAGACCAUCAAAGCCUUGAAGGGAAGGCAGAAGGAGGUGGAACUCUUUAUGAAAUGCAAACACCUUACUUUCCCCGUCGACUCCGAGCUUGAGAGUUUGAGAAAGUCGUCGAAAAAGCUGGCGCUUCAAAUCAAAUCUCUCAAGACUCGCCUUCACUUGUCCGAGAAGACAGCCACUUCUCUUCGAAAGCGAGUCAAUGAAAUCGAAGAGUUGGUCUCAGCGAGAGAUGAGGCCAAAGAAAUCGCCAAAAAAGAAAGAAAUUUCAAGGAAGCAAAACGUCUUAAAGAAGAGCGGGACCAGUUAGCAGGCGAAGGCGGCGAUUGUCAAAUGAAACUAGAGAACUUCCUUGAACAACAAGUGAACGACAAGAGCGAGCUGAAGUCGUGUGAGAGAGAACAGCAUGAACUCCUAGUCGAUGUACACGAUAUGCAGAAAGAAAAUGAUUUGAAGCUUCUGACUGCGGCUACUAGAGUAAAAAACAACUUAGAAAAUAUUUUACCGAGUCUGUGUGGGAACCCUUUGCUUAGUGCUCUGGUCAAAGCGGAGAUGAAAACAUGUCAGGCCAUCCAAGCCGAGCUCUGCAGUAAACACGACGUGGAGGCAGAUUGUAGCUCGCUGUGUGAUGAGCGUGAAGAGGAAAAUCCUAUGGGCAGCGAGCAGAACUGCCAAAAAAAUGAUACAAUAGAAACUAUUGAUAAGAAGUUAACUACAAGACUUGGUGGUCUGACCUGGGACGAGCUUCACGGCCAGUUGGAUGAGCUCGAGGGGAAACUCGAGGCAGUAGUAGACAUGGAGGACUUUGACGAGGCUGACCGCAUUCAACAAGAAAUAGAUCGCCUUAAUGAACUGAUAAAAACUAUAGAGAGUACGUGAGGGAGAGGGCGAUAUGUUUUGCGAGGCGUCCCGCAUUCAAUCAAGGUCGCGAGGAGGGCAAGGGCGAUUUGCCUUGUGGGAAACGGAACCAAAAAAAGAAAAAACAAGGUGCUUACCAUGUUUCACUAGUCAAUGGAGGAAUAUGAACAAUUGCGUUUCCUUCUUCGUUGCAUUUGCCCGGAAUUUCAUACGCUUUCUUCGCUAAAAUAGGCAUAAAUAUUCCCAAAAUUCUACGGAUUCCUACCACAAGGGGGGUUCAAAGAGUCUAGUGCUGUGUUCUGCUGGCGGAUGGAACAAAAGAAACUUGUAUGAAGGCGGUGUAUCAAAAGAGAAUUAUUAUUAUUAUUAAAAAAAGACCUCUAAUAACGACGUCUGUCGUUAUUAGAACCCUAA